AUGGACUCUACAGGCCAAGUGCUCUGGACGAUUCACAAACCGAUUCGAGGAUGGUACCUCGUUAUCCGUUCACCAUCUUACACCAAUCCGCGUACUCAUAUUGCAUUGCAACCUUUGAAACUACGUGGACCUACUCAUGAAGACCGAUUUAUAUUUCGACUCAGUCCGAUUCACCUUCCAUCUACUUCAACAUCUGGUUCACCACCUACAACAGACGUCAAUAGGCCUCCGACUGCUUCCAACAUGUCACCAAGAGCCUCUAGUAGCUCACAAACCACUUCCAAUAGUCCAUUACGAACCUCUGAUCCUUUCAUCAACUCUGGAUCAACGAGUCGUCCGAAUAACCGUCACAGCCAAAAGCGUACCUCGACGACCACUCAUGAUCUCGACGCACCCCAAAUCGUCGUCUCAUCCUCAACGUUUGCUGACCGACCCGAUUCUCGUGGCGAUCCAACAUCUGAGGAUGAACCUACAACGGCUCGUAGUCAUAUAGCCUUACGACUUCCAUCAGAAUUAUCAAACCUAGAAGAUUCAAUUAGUUUAGACACACAUCCUACUCCUGAUUCAACAAAUUCAGACGAAGCCACUCUGGAAAUCGAUUUCUUACUACAACCUUUAACACCCUCAAUCCCUCUAAGCACAUUUGGACGUCUGAUUUCCUUUUUUGGUGAAACCGAUCGAUCGUUUUGUUGUACAAGACCUGGAUCAUCAUCAGUAGUUGAAAACGUCUUGAGUUAUGAGGAUGAAACGUCUAUGUUUAACUUGAGCACUAAAGGUCAACUUAAAGUUCGAUUUGAGGCUUUGUCUCAGUAUGGGAUGCCUGUUUGUUUCUGGAUCACUGUUGCUUUGGCUUAUCUUGGGUUCAGAGGUGAUAAAGAGGCUUAUCAGGCAGCUACAGAAGACAUCCAAUGA